CCUAUUAGCCUAAGACAAGUAAUGAUGAUUGGGGUCCAAAAACUUUUAAAUCAAUCAAUAGUUGGACAAUGCAUCCUGAAUUUCACCCAAUGAUCAAGAAGUUGUGGAACUCAUUUGAGGUUGAGGGGUAUUGGGGGUUCAAAUGUAAGGAGAAGCUUAAGCUCCUAAGGCAUCAUCUAAAAGCAUGGAAUAGGGAAGCUUUUGGAAACAUUGACAAUCAAUAUGAAGAAGCUAUGAGGGAAAUUGAACUUAUUGACUCCAAAUGUGACACUAGUGAUCUUACCGAGACUGAUAUGCUAAAACGAAAAGAAGGGCUUGCUAAUCUAUGGCAGUGCUUGAAGAAAAAAGAAAGCUUAUGGAGGCAAAAGUCUAGAGCCACUUGGAUCAAAGAAGGUGAUGCAAAUACUAGCUUCUUCCACAAAGUCAUUAUUGGCAAAAACAAGAAGAACAUGGUCCAUGGGAUUAGCAAUAAGGGCUCCUGGGUUUAUGACCCUGUGUUGGUUAAGCAGAUUAUCAUGGACCACUUUAAAUCUCAAUUCUCCUCCCAAUCUUUACUUCGUCCUUUCCUUGACAACUUGCAGUUCAACAGGAUAUCAGAAGAGGAUAGACUGAUGCUUGAAGCAGAAUUCAUGGAAGACGAAAUUAAAGAAGCUGUUUUCUCAUGUGCUAGUGACAAAGCCCUGGGGCCUGAUGGCUGCAAUUUUCAUCUUAUAAAGUCGAUUUGGAGUAUAAUUGAAAGUGAUGUCACUAACUUUAUUAAAGAAUUUCAUCAGAAUGGGAAGCUUGUCAAAGGCCUUAACACUUCAUAUAUCACCCUUGUUCCCAAAAAGAAAAACUCCACAUCUCUCCAGGAUUAUAGGCCGAUUUGUAUGGUUGGGUGUCUCUACAAAAUUCUUGCCAAAGUACUUGCUAACAGGUUGAGGAAGGUUAUUGGGAAGGUUAUAAGCAUGAGCCAAUCUGCAUUUCUAAAGGGGAGACAACUUGUUGAUAAUGUUCUAGCGCUUACUAAACUGGUGCAUGAUAUGAAAAGUAGGAAGCACAAAGGUAUCAUCUUCAAGGUAGACUUUGAAAAGGCCUUUGACUCAGUUGAUUGGAGUUACUUGGACAAUAUGCACUCUUUGUUGGGGUUUGGUGAGAAGUGGCGUAGCUGGAUUAAAGAGUGUCUUUCUUCUGCCUCUGUAUCUAUUCUUGUAAAUGGCAGUCCAACUCAGGUAUUCAACAUGCAGAGAGGCCUUAGGCAAGGCUACCCCUACUCUCCAUAUUUGUUUUUGAUUGCAGCUAAAGGACUACAUUCCUUAAUCAAUGAGGCUGAAAGUAAAAAUCUUCUUAAUGGAGUGGUUGUUGAUGGAAACACUAGUGUCUCCCAUCUUCAGUUUGCUGAUGAUACUGCUCUCAUUUGUGAGGUGUCAGUGAGUUCAAUGUGGGCUAUAAAAUUUCUUCUUAGAUGGUUUGAGAUUAUGUCUGGACUAAAAAUCAACUUUGGUAAAAGCACUCUUUACGGGCUCAAUGUAGAGGAGAGCUGGCUUAACAUGGUGGCUACCACUCUGAAUUGCAAGCAUGGAUCUUGGAAGGGCAAGCUUCUAUCAUUUGGCGGUCGAAUCACGCUACUAACGUCAGUUUUCUCUGCCCUUCCUUUAUUUUAUUUUUCAAUCUUCAAGAUCCCAAAAGGCACUCUGAAUGAGCUAACCAAAAUCCAACGAAACUUCUUAUGGGGAGGUUCAGAUAAUUGUAAGAAGAUUGCUUGGGUUAACUGGAACUGGGUUUGCCUUGCAAAAUCUAAAGGGGGUCUUGGGAUUCCAGAUUUGGCUAAUAGAAACAUCGCCCUCUUAGGCAAGUGGUGGAGCAAAUUCUAUGACAACACUGAAAGUGAGAAAUUAUGGAAGAAGAUCAUUGUAAGCAAAUAUUACAAUGGAGCAUCUAAUACUGUUAUCUCUAACUAUGUCUCUCCAAAGAUGUCUUUGUUGUGGAAAGACAUUCUAUCUAUUGGCAAGGAAAAUGAUAGAGCUUUCUUAUGCUUCAAUGAGGGAUUCUCUCGUCAACUCGGUGAUGGAGCCGAUACCAGUUUUUGGGAAGACAUUUGGCUUGGAACUUCUCCACUUAAAUCUGAAUUCCCUCGGUUGUUUAAUCUUGCUAGUCACAAGGACUCUUCAGUUGCUGACUUAAAGCCAACCCAUAGCGGAAAUUGGUGUUUUGAAUGGCGCAGGGCCCCUUUUGGAAGAGAAUUAAAUGAACUUGAAAAGCUGGUCGACAUCAUGAGGAAUGUUCACAUCUCUACCGGCCAACUUGACCAUUUUAUAUGGAGAUACUGUGCCUCGGGAUACACAGCAAAAAAGGCAUACAUAUUCCUUGAUGACUCAAACCCUUGCCUUGAUGAUAACUACUGCAAACUAAUCUGGAAUCAAUAUGUUCCCCCCAAAGUCAGUGUUCUUAUUUGGCGUCUUCUUCUCAAUCGCCUCCCCUCUAAGGAGAAUCUUAUCCUUCGAGGUGUUGAUGAUUUAUCCAACACAAAUUGUGUUUUUUGCGGUGCCCAAAUGGAGGAUGUCAACCAUCUCUUUGCUAAAUGCAGGAAGGUCCAGCUAUUAUGGAGCAAAAUCUGUCUUUGGUGGGGGUUCUCAUUCGUCCCUCCUGAUAAUGCCUCCUUGUUUAUUCUUCAACUUUGUUCACUUCCUGACUCAAAAAAGGCACGGAACUGUUGGAUCCCUAUUGUCUUAGCAACUGCAUGGCUCAUCUGGUACUCUAGGAAUGGCGUGAUUUUCAAAUCCAUGACAUGGGAUGAAAACAACCUCACCGACCUUGUUCAGUCAAAAACCUUUGAAUGGAUUAAAGGGAUCUCCACCUCUGCUGCAUUUUCCUUUGGGGAUUGGUGUCAAUUUCCAAUGCUGUGCUCUAAGGAGACUUAACCUUUCCCUUUUUCUUUCAUUCUAAUCAUGUCUAUGGGAGAGUACCCCUUGUACUCAAUUUUAUAAUAAAAUUUUAAUUCAUCU